AUGGAGCCGGAGGGCAACACCGAGACAGCGGCCACGAACCUGGCCCAGACCGCCGCCUCCAAACUGUCCCAGAUGAGUGAGAGAACUAAACAGCUGGGCACGGUCAUGCAGGACCCGGAGCGGCAGAAGCGCGUCAUCCUGGUGAUCGUGUGCAUAGCGCUGCUUUUGGACAAUAUGCUGUUUAUGGUGAUAGUGCCCAUUGUCCCGGAUUACCUGGAGCAGCUGCAGAAACAAGCGGCGCACGCAGUGGUGCGCACGAACUUCACAAACGGCACCGCGCCCAAAGUGACCAAAGAGAACUUUGACGUGCAGAUCGGAGUUCUGUUCGCGUCCAAAGCCGUGGUGCAGCUGCUCGUGAACCCGCUGAGCGGCACUUUCAUAGACCGGGUGGGCUAUGACAUCCCGCUUUUCAUCGGUCUCAACAUCAUGUUCCUCUCCACAGUCAUCUUUGCCUUCGCGGAAAACUAUACUACUCUGUUCCUCGCGCGCAGCAUGCAGGGCGUGGGGUCCGCUUUCGCGGACACCUCGGGCAUCGCGCUCAUCGCUGACAGGUACACGGAGGAGGCGGAGCGCAGCAAGGCGCUGGGGAUAGCGCUGGCCUUCAUCUCCUUUGGGAGCCUCAUUGCACCCCCUUUUGGCGGGUUCCUCUAUGAGUUUGCGGGGAAGCACGUGCCCUUCAUAGUCCUCGCGGCCAUGUGCCUGGGGGACGGUAUCAUGUGCCUGACGGUGCUCAAGCCCUUCUCCAACCGGGAGCGCGAGAACAUGCCCGUGGGUACACCCAUCUACAAACUCAUGGUUGACCCGUACAUCGCGGUGGUCGCGGGCGCGCUCAUCAUAUGCAACAUCCCGCUGGCCUUUCUGGAGCCCACCAUCGCCAACUGGAUGGAGGAGACCAUGCACUCGGAGCAGUGGCAGGUGGGCUUGACGUGGUUCCCCGCGUUCUUCCCGCACGUGCUGGGCGUGUUCUUGACUGUUAAACUCGCGGCAAAGUACCCGCACCUGCAGUGGUUCUAUGGGGCUAUUGGAAUGGUGUUCAUUGGGGCGAGCUCGUGCACAAUCCCCGCGUGUAAAACCUUUGGACAGCUCAUGAUCCCGUUGUGCGGAAUCUGCUUUGGCAUCGCCUUCGUGGACACGGCCCUGCUGCCCACUCUGGCCUUCCUGGUGGAUGUGAGGCACGUGUCCGUGUACGGCAGCGUGUACGCCAUCGCAGACAUCUCUUACUGUGUGGCAUAUGCCAUGGGGCCCAUAGUGGCGGGAAAGAUAGUGCAUGACUUGGGCUUCAUUCAGUUGAACUUAGGAAUGGGCCUGGCCAACGUGCUUUACGCACCAGCGCUGCUGCUGCUCAAAAACGUGUCCAAAAUGAAGCCGUCCUACUCUGAGAGGAACAUGCUGUUGGAGGACGGCACCACGGGACUGUACGACACGAUCAAGAUGGAACACCGCGAGAAGAAGAAGAAGGGCCUGUGCACCACGAUAGACGAGAACGGCGUCGAGACGUUCGCACAGCGCUCCUUCUCAGAGGAGGAGUCCUCAGGCGGAGAGUAUGCGUAA